UUUAAUUAACAUAAGAAGAAACCUUAACCAAAUCAGGCUCGAGAAAAACUCUCUCUCGUAUCUAUGGAGUUUGGAUUUCAGGGUUUUUGAAUCGGUUUUGAUUUCGGUUUUUGAUUGGGCUUUUGAUGAGGGUGGAUCUUGUCUCGAGAUUUUAUCUGGUUGAUUUGGUUUUUUGGGGUUUUGAUCUUGCGGAUCUGCGAUGGGGAUCUCAGAUAUUUGGAUACAGUAUAAGGGAUUUUCUUCGAUUUUCUCUGGUUUCAUGGGGAGUGAUACAGGCGAUUAAUUCAAGCUCUCAUGGGUUUCGUGUUCGCGAGGAUCUCGGUAUCAUUGGAUUCAUUUGGUGGGAGUGGGUGUUAUUUCAGGGAAUCAGGGGUUCUUUUUUACGGGUUCAUUUGGAGUUUUUUUCUGCUGAAUGUGUCUCGUAAGGGGCAAUAACUCGGGGUCGUGAUUUUGGGGAUCUCAAAGGCGGUUCUCAAGGGAUGGGGAUUUUUUCCAGCGUUGCGGAACUGGAUUUCUGGGUUGAGGAGAUUUGGUCCUUGGACUAUAAACACUACCCAUGCUAGAGAUGUCACAAAGUGGUCUGAUGCUUUAGGGUUUGACAGGGAGCUCUUCGGGUUCUGGGAGCAAGCUGAAGAUCAAGGUCCCACAUUUUGAUAACAUAGCAUUGAUAGAGGGUUAUUCCAAAACGUUGAUUGGUCGGUGCAUGAAUCCGGUUAUGCAGGACAUGAAAGCUUUGCUUUUCAUGCUUCCCCGGCUAUGGAAGAUGGAGGAGAGAGUGGUUGGGGCUGAUCUCGGUUUGGGGCGCUUUCAGUUUGAUUUUGAUCAAGAGGAGGACAUUCAGGAGGUUUUGAAGAUGGAACCAUACCACUUCGAUCAUUGGAUGCUUUCAUUGGUCCGAUGGGAGCCGGUGGUGGAUCCACGAUACCCUUGUCUCAUUAAAUUCUGGGUUCAUAUAAUGGGUGUCCCACUGCAUUUCUGGGCUGAUGAGAGUUUUCGUACUAUUGGAGCUGAUCUAGGAGAGGUCGAGGAAGUUGAUCUGGAUAAUGGUCGGGUGAAGAUUUUGUUGAAUGGUUUCAAACCUUUGGUUUUUGAAGCCUCUGUUGAGUUUCACAGUGGUGAGGAGACAACCAUCUCUAUGCGAUAUGAGCGUCUGUAUGGGUAUUGCCGGCGUUGUCACAGCUUAUGCCAUGAUUUAAGCCGUUGCCCACUAUUUGGUGAUAAGGGGAAGCAGCGACUUGACAAUGGUUUUGAUUUAACAAAAGACGAUAAGCUCCAGAGUUAUAAGGGUGCAACGGUGAAUGGUGGGGUUCAUGCUACUGGUUCAGGACUAAAUGGUGCUGGUUCAGGGGCGUCUGUUCAAGGUUCUGCCCAUGGGAGUGGCCGUGGUGUAGGGUAACAGGCUGGGCAUCAUCGGUCGAAUCAGGGUUUUGGUAGUAAGUGGAGGAAGAGUAAAAAGAAUUCUUCUGUGGAUGGGAGGUUUGUGCAGAAGGAUGCAACUGUUGCUCUUGCUCCUGCUACAACCUCUCAGGUUGUUGUUUCAGAGCCGAGUAUAACUCAACCUCCUUCUAGUAAUGUGGGAAUCAGUCUCUCUCCUUCUGAGCAGAAGCUGCUAGAUGUUUUCCUGGGUCCUCAAGGUGAGGUGGCUGUAGCUGUGGGUGAUCAAUCGGGCGAGUCCAAUAUGGUUACUGUGCGGGAAACUGAAAAAAGGGUGUGCAAGAAUUUGUUCCCCAGUGUUCCAGCUUCCAGUUCUAUGGAAUUGUCACAACAGGAGAUUCUCUUUUCUGAGGACCUCGGGAAUCUGUUGGGACAGGGGUUUCGACAAGGGAUGAAGGGGAGGAAGGGGUCUCCGUUAAUUAUGUAACGGAGGAAGGGGAGGACGAUGAGGGUACUGAGGAGGUGGUCAACUCUGAUCAAGUCUCUAAUGAGGAUGCUACUGGUAAUAAGGAUGAUGUCUCUGAAGUUACGGCACAGAGCAAAACAGUUGAAGGUUUGGUGCCUCCUGCACAGGCCAAAGUGGGGAAACAAAAGGGUUCUCUUCCAGGUGCUAGCACAAAAAAGAGGAACAUGGUUUCUUUGACUUCCCCGCGUAAGAGGAUUGUCACUAAAGGGGGUGGACUGAAUGGGAAAGUCGGUCCUCACCAAGGAGGAAAACCUCCACACCAUCCGGGUAAGUAAUGUGUAUCGCAAGUAGAGGGCAGCAUGGUGGUGAGCGAUCAUUGGUCUGGGCUCCUUGGUGGUUUUUGUUUUCUCUUUUUCGGUUUUGCUUGAAUAAGGCACCAAUGGUUGAUCCAUAUGGUUGUAAUCUCUUUAUGUUUUGGUUGUUAUUGCUGUUUUUGUCUUGUACUUUUCUGGAUUGUACCCGCUGUUCUUCCGGUAUUCAAGUAUUUAAUAAAACCUGUUGGCCCUUAUUUUGGUUUCA